AUGUCGAGCGAGCAGCAGCCCGGCCAGAAGGCCAUCGAGGCCUUGCGUAACUGGCAGCCCUCGGUUCGCGGCGGCACGCCGGCCACGGCUGAGACGGCCACCGAGGUGACGACCACUGGACACCACGUGGUGUGCGCGCUUGUCGCCUGCCUCAGCUCGUGCGCAGCCGGCACGACCCUGGGCUACGCGUCGGCGGCCAUGCCUUCCAUCGAGCACGAGUCCUGGUACGACCUGCAUAACAACGCGCAGGAAAGCCGCUGGUUCGCCGACCUCCUCCUACUGGUCGCGGCGCCCGGAGCCCUCGCAGCCGGCUUCCUGCUGGAAAUGGUGGGAAACCGGCGGAUGCUGCUGGUGUCCGCUUUCGGUCUGCUGGGCAGCUGGCUGAGCCUGCUCUUUUCGACCAGCACAAGGGCGAUGUUCGUGGCGCGCCUCAUGGCCGGCGUUUUCCUGGGCGCCAUCUCCAGCUCUGCCGGUGUCCACGUUGCCGAGAUAUGCCCCAGCGAACGCCGAGCUUUCUUCCUCGGCUUUGUCGAGGUGUCCAGGAGCAUGGGAAUGCUGGUGGCGUACGUGUUGGGCCAUUACUUCACGUGGGAGGUACACGCCGGUCUCUGCAUGUUGCCGCCCCUGGUGCUCAUGUGCCUGCAGCGUUACGUCCUGGACAGCCCCCAGUGGCUCCUGCGCCACGGCAAGAGGACCGAAGCCCUAGCCGUGUUGUCCCGACUCUACGGCCUCGACAUCCCCACCGAGUUCAGGAUACGAUCGGCCGAGGAGAUCGCCAAAACCAAACCCAGCCCCACAUCCAUCAAGUGCGCAAAGUGUAUGGCCCUGGCGUUGCUCCUGCAGCUCCUUCCUGAACUGUCCGGCGCUCAGCUGCUGCUGCUGCGCGGCGAUCAAGUGAUGCUCUCGCUGAUGGCCGAGACAGAACCCUGGGACGCAGUGGGUGUACUGCUGGUCGCCGGUCACGUCGCGCUGUCCGGCGCGUUCACCUCGCUCACCAGAGUAGCCGGACGACGGCACCUUCUGCUCCUGUCCGCCGUCAUCACGGCCAUCUGCAUGGUCGCUCUCAGCCCACUCCAGCACCUCGUAUUCAGGUUCUCGCCUUUAUUUUCAUCCUUACCGAGAAAAGAUGUUUGUACCGUACCCGGCACCCACCGGGAAUGUCCUACAAAUCACUUACUUUAUAAACGGGACAAUAUUUUAGUAACACUCCACAACGUCAUAACGCGACUUUCAUUGUGUUUGUAUGCUCGUUCCACGCACAAUAAUGGCAGCCACUGGACAGUGGAGGAUCGGCCCAGGCUCACCAACUGGAACGGCAUCUACGCCGUGGGCCUUCUGCUGGCCAGCCACUCCCUGGGUCUGGGCCACGUGCCCGCGCUGCUCGUGCCCGAGCUCCUUCCGGGUCGUGUGCGCUGCGUUGGAGCGGCGAGCUCGUGGGCCGGCCGCUGGCUGCUCGCCUUCCUGCUGGCGCAUGAGGACGCCUGGCUGAGCGAGGUCGCAUCGAGCAGCCAUGGACUCGUACCCGGCCUCGUCCUGGUCUUCGGAGCCAUCAUGGCAGCAUUCGUGACGCCGGAAACCGAGGGCCGCACACUUUUGGCCAUCGAGGCGGCGCGUGACGACGACUGGCUGAACCAUUGUCGGACGUUUCUUCUGACCGUGGAUAGAUAG